AUGGAUGAAACAAAAGAAUUACCGGAGGACAUAGAAGACACUCAAGUCUACGUCGUCGUCCCGGGCCAAAAUUGGCUCGAUGGGAUUUGUGUUGCACCUAGGGUCGUCCGGCAGUUUGUGGCCAUGCCAUUGGGCUCUGGUUACACUGUCGAGGGCCAAAAGACAGGAAAGGAGAAACAUGGAGGACUACGGAUCGAGAUCAUUGCUUCUUUCAAGACAAACCUGCGAACGUGGAUCAAGUACAAAGAUCAGUCUCUAAAUGCAGCAGUACUCCAACACCGUCUCCAAUACGAUCGCCUCGACGAAUUCGAAACAGCGCGUGAGGUGGGGUAUGAAGUAGGCGACGAGAUAAGGAUGUGCCCACAGAAAACCCUUGAAUUAGUUCCAUGCACAUUGACGGAUAUGAUUUAG